AUGAUCCUCUCCUAUUUCAGACAUCCUAAGCUACCAUGCUUUGGAAAACUUCAGAAACGUCUAUUCCAUUCCUCGAUACCAUUAGCUCAACUGAAUACCGGUAUUGAUUUACUGCAUCAACCUGAUCAAAAUUCAAAUCACUCGGAAAUGUCUCCCACUAUACACAUUUUGGGUGUUGGAAACAUUGGAAAACUGUGCGCACACUCACUGGCUACAAAACCUCAGCCCCCUCCUCUUACUUUAUUGCUACAUCGCCCACAACUAUUCCAUAUGAGAAAACACAAGGAAACGAAGAUCGGGAUCUAUUAUGAAGGUGCUUGGCAUGAAGAGGGUCAUUACGAUACGGAACUUAUAUUCAGUAGGGUUACUGGUCAUCAAAACCCUUCAAAAACGAUAUCCAACUUGAUUGUGACCACAAAAGCUCACAAAAUUGUUGAGGCUCUUUCCAGUAUCAAGUUUCGAUUAACCGCUACGUCUACUGUACUUUUCAUACACAAUGGCAUGGGAGUUAUCGAAGAUGUCAACAAAUUUGUCUUUCCGGAUGCUCAAGACAGACCACAUUACCUAUUUGGUAUAGCAUCUCACGGUGUCUACAGAAGUAGCCCAUUCGCGGCGGUUCUUGCUGGUCAUGGUAACGUCACCAUUGGGAAUCCUGAGAUUGAUAAAGAGAAGUCUCCAGCCAGUAGCUAUCUCUUGCAACAAGUUGUUGACUCUGAGCUUCUCCAAGCGAGCGAAGUUCCUUGGGAUGAAUUCAGACUACUUCAAUUGCAAAAAUUGGCUGUGAACGCUGUAAUCAAUCCCCUCACUGCUCUUCACGAUUGUAUAAACGGCAAGAUUGUGCAGUCUCUCAUUCUUGCGGAUAUGGGAAACAUUUUUGACGACUUAGUAUCUGAGAUAAGUCGAGUCUUCUGUUCACUACCGGAACUUGAAGCAAUUUCAGGCUUGAAAGAACGAUUCUCGACUGAAACCUUGCGAAAUAUCGUUCUCGAUGUUGCCUCAGUCACUGCUUCAAAUCGGAGUUCUAUGCUUCAAGAUAUUAGUAAUGGUAGGAAAACCGAGAUUCAGUCUAUCAAUGGGUACAUUGUGAAAAGAGCAAAUAAGCUGGGUAUCCCUUGUCCGAUGAAUGAGAAGAUGGUGGCAGAUAUCCGUCAAAAGUCGAGGGACCGGAACCUUCAAAUCAAUUGA